AUGGACAAGGAAGGGGGCUUCCAGUGUCAGCCUCUGUCCCUGACAUUUACCAUCGACAGCAUUCUGAAAGCCAGCCCCAGAUGCAAAGAGCUGAGGCACGAUCGUGCGAAGCAGCAAGUCACGCCGGCGUUAGAAUUCAAAUCACGGCAUGAAGCGGCCAGGGCGGAUGUGAGACAGGGCAAGGACCGCAGGAAAACAGGUCAAGAGACGAUGAACGGCGGCUAUCUCACCUCCUCCUCCUCGCUCGAAUUCACCACCGACGGCAACCAUUCCGUCACAAGUCCGGAAUCUUACGAAUCGUUCGAAACGGCGGAUCACAGCGACGAUGCCGGUCGAGUCAAACCCAGCAAGAAAGCCAAAGCGCUCGCCAAAAAGAAGACGCGCACGAUAUUUUCCAAGAGCCAGAUCUUCCAGCUCGAGUCGACGUUUGACAUGAAGCGGUACCUGAGCAGCGCCGAGCGCGCUUGCUUGGCGAACUCUCUGCAACUCACCGAGACCCAGGUGAAGAUCUGGUUUCAGAACCGCAGGAAUAAACUAAAAAGGCAACUGUCCGCCGAGUUGGAGGUCACAAGCGCCCCCGAACCUGCCCCCAAGAUAGUCCAGAUGCCAGCAAUGUACAAAGAGAGCAGCUUCCUGCGGAGAUGUUUGUUACCAGUGUCUUUCCCUGUUCUGUAUCCCGGGAGCAGCACGCCUUACCUUUGUCUCCCUGACGCCCGCAAAUAUGUCCAUGUCCUGGACGCGGACGUAUAA